CCCGUUCGUUUCCACUCGAUACGACAACCACAGCAGAAGUCCCGCCUUCCUUGCGUCACUAUUGGCUGACCUGCGGCCAGUUUCCUUCUCAUCCAAUGACAGAUUACAAUGUGGAAGGCUGCGUUGACCUCCCCCCUGGACUCACCUCUAAUGAGAAGCCAUGUUUCGCUCUCUGAGAACCGUGCAGCAGUUUAACUGCAACCUCCAGACUUUGCAGAAACUUAGCGUCAACUCUAAACUAUUCAUCAGCACGUCCAGAAUGGCCAGUUCAGACUACAGGAUUGAGCGGGAUACGUUUGGGGAACUCAAAGUCCCAGCUGACAAGUAUUACGGUGCCCAGACUGUCAGAUCCACCAUGAACUUCAAGAUAGGGGGACCAAGUGAGAGAAUGCCAAUCCAAGUGAUCAAAGCUUUUGGUGUCCUGAAGAAAGCAGCUGCUGAGGUGAACAAGGAGUAUGGCCUCAACCCAAAGAUAGCAGAUGCAAUCAUCCAGGCUGCGGAUGAGGUGUCAGCUGGUAAACUAGAUGAUCAUUUCCCUCUGGUGGUGUGGCAGACUGGGUCUGGUACUCAGACCAACAUGAAUGUCAAUGAGGUGAUCAGCAACAGAGCUAUUGAGAUCCUGGGAGGGAAACUAGGUUCCAAAGAGCCUGUACACCCUAAUGACCAUGUCAACAAGAGUCAAAGCUCCAAUGACACCUUCCCCACUGCAAUGCACAUUGCUGCAGCGACAGAGGUCCACCAGGUCCUGCUGCCCGGCCUGCAGACUCUGCAUGAUGCCCUGGCUGCUAAAGCUGAAGAGUUCAAAGAUAUCAUCAAGAUCGGGCGCACACACACUCAGGAUGCUGUACCGCUUUCGCUCGGGCAGGAGUUCAGCGGUUAUGUCCAGCAGGUGAAGUACAGCAUAGAGAGAGUGAAGGCCGCCAUGCCCAGGGUGUAUGAGCUGGCAGCAGGAGGCACAGCAGUAGGAACAGGACUCAACACCCGCAUUGGCUUUGCUGAGAAAGUAGCUUCCACAGUUGCUUCUCUCACACACCUGCCGUUUGUGACAGCUCCCAACAAGUUCGAGGCCCUAGCAGCCCACGAUGCCCUGGUAGAGCUGAGUGGAGCACUGAACACAGUGGCUGUCAGCAUGAUGAAGAUUGCCAAUGACAUUCGCUUUCUGGGGUCAGGACCCCGCUCUGGCCUGGGGGAGCUCAUUUUACCAGAGAACGAGCCAGGAAGCAGCAUCAUGCCAGGCAAGGUGAACCCCACCCAGUGUGAGGCCAUGACCAUGGUCGCGGCUCAGGUAAUGGGGAACCACGUAGCCGUCACCGUCGGGGGCAGCAAUGGACAUUUUGAACUCAACGUCUUCAAACCUAUGAUUAUCAAGAAUGUGCUGAACUCUGCACAGCUACUGGGAGAUGCAUCCGUCUCCUUCACCAGCAACUGUGUGGUGGGCAUUCAGGCAAACACAGAGAGGAUCAACAAGCUUAUGAGUGAGUCUCUCAUGUUGGUCACUGCACUCAACCCACACAUAGGUUAUGACAAAGCGGCCACCAUCGCCAAGACGGCUCACAAGAGAGGCUCUACGCUAAAAGCCGUGGCUAUGGAGCUGGGCUACCUGACCGAGGAGCAGUUUGACCAGUGGGUGAAGCCAAGCGACAUGCUGGGGCCAAAGUGAACUCUGACAACACAAGAACAGUACAGAACAAAGAAACUACCCUUUCUACUGUGAUGAAAGAGUAUUUAAAUUCAGUCAAAUAGGAACUGUGUAAGUAAAACUUGCUCUGAGUCCUUGACGUCACUCAUCUCCUAAUAAAAAGUGUGAGAAUCCUU